CGGGAGGAGCCUCUCUCCUGGGCGGAGCGGGAAAGCGCGGGAGUUUCGGCGAGCGGGGAAUCUUUACCCGGCUGUUGGACGGAGAAGGAGACGUGGAAAAGGCGCGUUUGGCCGGGAAAAAAACGGAGCGUCGGAGUUACCUGCCCCGUGCGCUGUUUCCAGCCUAGCAAAUUGAGCGUCUUCCACGAAUAAGGACCAUCGGAGCGGAUUCGCUGUUGGGAGUCCCCACGUGGAGACACAGCCGGAGGAGGUGGACUGAAAAUAAAGCUCGGAAGAAUCGGGUGUACUACUACUUAGUUAAGAUUUGAAUUUUCCAGCUGGGAGACGCAGUGGAAGGAUUCAGACAGAAGCAGCUGCGUGAAAGCCAGAACCUUUUAUUUUUGUUUCUCUUCCUGGGGCUAGCUAACUAAGCUUAGCCCUUAAAAGGAUGAAAAGGCAACUGAAUUUGUCAGAUUUUUUCAAUAAGAAACCAAAAUUGGAGUCAGUUGUAUCAGAAUUGACCUUGGAUGGCACAAAACAGUCACAAGCACAACCACUCGAACCUGAAGAAAGCAGCACAUCAAUUAUUGCAGUAAAAAAUGAUAACUCCAAAAUUAAUGAGAUACAACAAGCUUCUCUAAGGAAAAAAAUGAAAGAAAAAAUUUCAUCAGAAGCCCAUAAUGUUGGUAAAGAGAACUUAGAACAAUGUGAGCAGGCUUCGGUAACAAAAGGAAUAGAUGAGAUGAAUGAAAAAUAUUUAUGUACUACUUGUAGAGUGUUUAAUACAGUUUACAGUCUAGCAAAAAAUUGUAAACCGUUUUCAGAUAUAAAAAAAGAGAUAGAAGUGCAAAUUAAAAAUGGAUUAGAUAUGGGAAUAGGAUUACAUUCACGUACAACUGCUGUGAAAGUAGUUGAUUUCAUUGCAAAGGAAAUUUAAAAAGAAAAAUUUACUAAAAUUAUUGAAAAUAAUCUGAAAAUAAAUUUGAUUAUUAAUGAAACCUCAAUGAUACCUUGUAAGCCAGUUGUUAUAGUUUUCUUAAAAGUGGAGGAUUCAGUUACAUCACCAACAAUUUUCGUUGAGCUAGUUGAAUUGGAAAAACAAGAUGCAGACACAAUAUGUUCUUCAGUUAUGGAAAGUUUAAAUAAUGUUGGGCUUACUAAGAACUACCUAGAAAAAAAUUUAAUAGGAUUUUGCUCUGAUGGUGCCAGCGUUAUGCUUGGGCGAAAAUCUGGAGUGAGCACUAGGAUAGCUAAAGAGUUUCCAAACAUAAUAAUAUGGCACGGUUUAAACCAUCACCUCCAUCUUGCUUUAGAUGAUUUGAUAAAAGAAAUAAAGGAAGUAAAACAUUUUAAAAUAUUUAUUGAUAAGAUACUUACUAUUUUUUAUCAAUCCAAUAAGAACCAAAUUGAAUUUGCCAAAAUAGCUGAACAACUUGGAAUUGAAAUUAUAAAGAUUGGUAGUGUUUUGGGACCAAGAUGGGCUGCCUGUAGUUUAAAGUCAACCCUAGCUGUGUGGCACGCUUAUCCAGCACUACAUCACUAUUUUUAUUCAAAUAAAAAGUACUUAAGUAUGGCUGCCCAUCUCGAAAAUAUAUAUUUUAUAACUGACUUGGCAUUGAUGAUUGAUAUUUUAAAUGAAAUUUCUCAUCUUUCAGAUGCACUACAAGCAAAAAAUAUAGACAUAAUAAAGGCUGAAAAACUCAUGAUAAGAUCUAUUAAAGCAUUUCAGACGCUUGGAAAGGAAAAGGGACUGUACGAAAAAAAAGUUGAUGAAUUAAUUACUUCAGAAACUUUCAAAAAUAUAAAAUUUGUAGAAAAUCAGAGAUUUGUCGGGCUUCCUCGGGAAAGACUUUUAGAAAACAUCACAGUGAAUUUGGGAAAAAAACUAAUCGAUUGUGAACAUUUAAAAGCAAGUUGUAGCCAAUUUCCAGAUAGUAAUAUAUUACAAUUUCUCAAAUUUUUGGAGCCAGAUUACUGGAAUAUUGAAGAAGUUGAUGUUCCAUGGCAAGCAGCUGAAGAACAAUUGCAUGUAUUUAAUGACAUUUUUAAUGAUCAAAUUGAUAUUAAUGAUUAUCGAGAUUUCGUGGAAAAUGUUUUAAAAAAUUCCCGGAACUAUGAUACUCCUGACAGCGUUCAAAGAGCUAAAAAUAUUAUAAGAACAAUUGCUGUAAGUUCAGCAGAAGUGGAAAGGGUUUUUUCAAAGAUGAACAUAAUAUGUUCAAGGAAGAGAACCCGCCUAACUGUUUCUAAUAUAUCAAAUACAAUGACUAUUAGUCUAAUCGGCCUACCUCCAAAGGAAUGGGAUCCUACUCCUACAGUGAAAAGAUGGUUAAGGAUACAUCGGUCAGCUGAUGAUGCUCGGGUAAAAGUGAAGAAAAUUGCAAGUUAGGACGCCAAUCAAGAAGCCAUAUGUAAAUACCUUACAUCACAGUUUUAUUGUUUUGUCAGCUAUUUAAUAUUUUCUUCAUUAAUAUUUUAAAACUCUUAUAACAUCUAGUUUUGUGUACCUCUUGUUGUUUUAUUUAAAUAUUAAAUGCAUGAAAUAAACUACCUUUCGGUAUAUGGGUUUUUUUAAUACUUAAAACGGUCAUUAGGGCAGAAAACUGGUUGUUAAAUUAUUUGAAUCCCGCCAUUGCAGGUAGCCCUCAACAUUCAUGAUUGAACCCAGAAUUAUGGUCGUAAGUCACACUGAUGGUUAGGUAGAUCAUCAUAUGACCACGCAUAACUUUACAGCCUUUGUUUUGGUGGUUGUAAGCAAAUGC